GGGGGAGGCGGCCUCCGGAGGCUCCAGGAUUGAGCUGGCGCGGGUGGACUGCGCGGGCCUGUUCCGCAUUCUUCGGGCCCCCGCCCUGGUCAUCUCUGACACCCCCUGCACCCCUCUUUCCACCGUCCCGUAGGCCCUCCCUGCAUUCUGCUCCCUUCACUUUUCCCUCACCCUCGUAAACCCUUUUCUGCAUCCUUUCCCCACAGUGUCCCUCCGCCCUUUUCUCGCAUCUUCGCCCUCCAUUAGUCCCCCGGCUCCUUCUCCCCUCACCUUCUCCUUCUAUUCUAUCCUCUCCCUUCUCCCCUUACGGCCAUCUCUGCCCUGCUCCAUCAUCUUAGCCUGUCCCGACUCCUUACUCGUGCCUUGUCUCAUGAGCGCCCGCAGGGUAGAAGCAGGUUGUAGAGCAGCGCAGCUGGGCUCACCCCAAAACAGAAGGGCUGUGGGGAGGCCUCGAAGCCACACCCAUGUGACAGUUGAGGGCUGCAGAAAGCAGAAACGACCUCACAGCCCCGUGCACCAGGGAGUCAGGGUUCGGGCAGUGAGGUGACCCAGCUGUUCUGCCACCAUGAACAGGGCGCCUCUGAAACGGUCCAGGAUCCUGCACAUGGCACUGAUGGGGGCCUCCGACGCCUCUGGAGAGGCCCAGGCCAGCGAGGAGAAGCCCUUUCUGCUGCGGGCUUUGCAGAUCGCACUGGUGGUCUCUCUGUACUGGGUCACUUCCAUCUCCAUGGUGUUCCUUAACAAAUACCUGCUGGACAGCCCCUCCCUGCGGCUGGACACCCCCAUCUUCGUCACUUUCUACCAGUGCCUGGUCACCACGCUGCUGUGCAAGGGCCUCAGCACACUGGCCGCCUGCUGCCCCAGCUUUGUGGACUUUCCCACUCUGCACCUGGACCUGAGAGUGGCCCGCAGUGUCCUGCCGCUGUCUGUGGUCUUCAUCGGCAUGAUCACCUUCAAUAACCUCUGCCUCAAGUAUGUGGGGGUGGCCUUCUACAAUGUGGGCCGCUCACUAACCACCGUGUUCAACGUGCUGCUGUCCUACCUGCUGCUCAAGCAGACCACCUCCUUCUAUGCCCUGCUCACCUGUGGCAUCAUCAUUGGUGGCUUCUGGCUUGGCGUGGACCAGGAGGGGGCAGAGGGUACCCUGUCUUGGGUGGGCACCCUCUUUGGCGUGCUGGCCAGCCUCUGUGUCUCACUCAAUGCCAUCUACACCAAGAAAGUGCUCCCGGCGGUGGACGGCAGCAUCUGGCGCCUGACCUUCUACAACAAUGCCAACGCCUGCGUCCUCUUCCUGCCCCUGCUUCUGCUGCUGGGGGAGCUGCAGGCCCUCCGAAGCUUCGCCCACCUGGGCAGCGCCCACUUCUGGGGUAUGAUGACGCUGGGCGGCCUGUUCGGCUUCGCCAUUGGCUACGUGACAGGACUGCAGAUCAAGUUCACCAGCCCCCUGACCCACAACGUGUCGGGCACGGCCAAGGCUUGUGCCCAGACGGUGCUGGCUGUCCUCUACUAUGAGGAGACCAAGAGCUUCCUCUGGUGGACAAGCAACAUGAUGGUGCUGGGUGGCUCCUCUGCCUACACCUGGGUCAGGGGUUGGGAGAUGAAGAAGGUUCAGGAGGAGCCCAGCCCCAAGGAGGGCGAGAAGAGCCCCCUAGGGGUAUGAGUUCCUCCCAGGGCCCUGGGAUGGUCCACCCCCUGAGAACAUUCAGGGUUGGGCCGGGACAGCAAUGAAGCCUGUCCCUUUGAGCCCAGAACAGGUGGCGGGGAGGGAAUAUUGCGUACAGACCUGACAGAAAGUGGACAUUGAAAAGGAACUGAUGCUUCCAAGUAAUAACAGAAAGUUGCCAAAUAUCUCUACCCUCUUUCCUAUUUCUGGGUUUUUGUCCUCCCCUAGGGAAAAGGGUCCCCCCAUGGGAAUAGCCAGUUGGUUCUCUGGAAGAGCACUAGCUACUGGGGAGGGGGAGAGGGUGCCACCCCUCUGCCCCCAUCCCAGGACCUGUCUACCUCCACACCCCCUCGGGUUGGGGAUGGGCUGCAAGCUUUCAGGGGCAGUAUUGGUGAUGCCAUUAAGUCCUCACUUACACUCAGGGGAGCUGGGGGUGUAGUCCCACCACAGGCCAACUGAAGGGGCUUGGGAAACUCACACUUCAAGGCCCUGAGCAGGCAGCAAGACCUUGGCCCUACAAACCAACCUUCCUUUCUAGCAAAGCGAGGGCUAGGCUUGAGGGAAGGAAUGGGCAGGUAUUCCCUCUUCUCUGCCCUGAGACUAGCAGGCCCGGUGGAAGGAGGUGAAAAGUCAGUUGUCCCCGUGACUGGCCCUGGUACCCCCAGGGGCUGCUGGGAAGUGACCUGGGAAUGGCAUGGAUCAUAGAAAAGCUCCCUUCCCCAACACCUGCACCCCCCACUUCCAGCUUCUGAACCACACAUCUUUUACAGGUUAAGCAGCAUCAUUAACACCCUUCCCCCUACCCAGACACCAGUUUCACAUGCCUCACUCCUCCCCUGUGGAGCCAGGGAGCCUCCUGCGGGCUCCCAGCCCUGCCUUCCCUAAAUCCUUCAUCCCCAGGUGGAGCUGAUGGAGCAAGGGUCUGGGCCCAAAGCCUUCCAUCUCAGCGUGCUUGGCACUGUGCACCCCCAGGUCCAGGUGGGGAUGGUGAGGCAACCUGAUUCUGAGCCUUUCUCCCUGCAAAGAUGAUAAAUGAGCAUUUGAAUUCUUCCCUGAGGUUCAGGUCUGAGAGAACCUGCUUGUCUCCGCACCACACCAGCCCUCAGGGGUGGCUUUCACUCCCCCUCCCCCUUCUGGCAGGCUCAAGCCCUGGCAUUUUGAACCCCCCAUCUCCUCGAGGUGAUUUCUGAUGUUUUUAGUCCCUGUAGUGAAGGCCUGGGGAGAGCAGGUCUUCUCCCCUUACCCCUUCCCCCGAUCCAGGUCACCUCACAUGGUUUCCAAUGAAGUUGGUGGGGCUGAGUGCCCUGAAUUAUUUGUGAUUUAAUUAAAAAAAAAAAAGAGGGUACGA